GAGAGAGAGAGAGAAUUCCCAAUGGGGAUAUACGAGGUGGUGAUGGAGGAGAUAACGGCAUACACAGGGCUAUCACCGGUGGCCUUUUUCACAAUCGCUGGGAUGAUGGUCGUCGUUUACAGAUACGUUUCCGGAAUGUUUGUGGCUGCCGAAGAUUACAACAAGCCUCCGGUGGUGAACUCGGAGUUGGUGAACAAGUAUUUCAAUCCCACCACCACGACACAAAGCUCAGUCCAAGUCGUCGGGGAUAUGACGGAGCAAGAGCUUAGAGCAUAUAAUGGGUCUGACCCCAAUAAGCCCCUUCUGAUGGCCAUCAAAGCUCAGAUCUACGACGUCUCCUCCUCCAGGAACUUCUACGGUCCAGGUGGGCCGUACGCAAUGUUUGCUGGAAGAGAUGCUAGCAGAGCCUUGGCUCUUCUCUCUUUCAAACCCCAUGACAUAAACGGAAACCUCGAGGGCCUCGGUCCCGACGAGCUUCAGAUUUUGCAGGACUGGGAGGAUAAAUUCGUUGAGAAAUAUGUCAAGGUUGGGCACCUGCUUAACCUUGAUUCU